AUGAAGGUCUCCGUGGCUGCCCUCUCCAUCCUCAUGGUCAUGGCCUUCAGCUCUCUGGCAUCCUCUGCACCAAUAGGUUCUGACUCUCCCACCUCCUGCUGCUUCUCCUAUGUCAGCCAACAGAUCCCCAGAAAAUUUGUGACAGACUAUUAUGAGACCAGCAGCCUGUGUUCCCAGCCAGCUGUGGUGUUCCAGACCAAAAGAGGCCGGCUGGUGUGUGCCAACCCCAGUGAUGCUUGGGUUCAGAGCUAUGUGGAAGACCUGGAGCUGAACUGA